AUGACUGAGUGGAACGGCCUCCCCGCCGAGAUUCGAAACAAGAUCGUGGAACUCGAGGGCUUCUGUUGCAUAAACUGUAGAAGUCCUAGCAAUAGAUUUUUGUCCUCCGCAAGCGAUAACAAGAUCCUUAUGAAUGGACUCGAAAAACUAUUCAAGACACUGAGCACAUGGGAGCCUCGUGAUGACCCCCUGGUCCUUGAUAUUAGUGUCUACUCGCCUACUGAUAACCAGCACUGGUUCAAGUACCUAGACUUCCGUCCAGACAACGAACUCGACGACGCUAGUCAUGAACACGAACGAGAAACCGCCAUAUUGGAUGACCCAGUUCAUGGCUGGGUCGCGGGAGAAAACAACUCUGAUGCUGGGAUACUCCCAACCACGGCUUUAUUUGACGAUAUCAUGUGCGACAAACCUUUUGGAUCUUGGUGGCGUAGUUUGCCACUUGUACCUGUCGUUGGGGUCGUGCUCCUUCGUCAACAAACCCGUCGACGAUGGAAUCAGGUUGCUCUCGCCAAUAUGUUGUCUCGGUUCCCCAACAUGAAGGAACUUUGUUAUGAACCCUGGAGACAGUACGCUCCACUGCAGUUAACCACAGCCGCUGACCAGCAAGAUAUAGGCAACCAGGAACUAAUCGAAUCCCUUCGGUCGACAAAACUAUGUAAGCUUACGAUCUUUGAGAAUUUCACCGAGGAGUACCCAGAAGCAGGUAUCGUAUUUCCUGCUGUCAGAGUCCCUGAUCCUGAUGUCAGCCGGAAACUUGCCCGCUCCAGCCUACACUUGACGACGUUAUUCGCCUCUUUCAUGGUCGACGCCAGUCACUUCUUCGCAGAAUGUCAAGAUUCAUGGGUGUGGGAUAAUCUCACUUCACUAACGCUGACUUCAAGGGCUCUCACUGAAAGUACAGACCCUUUGGAAAUCAACAACAUGCUCCAUGCUGCCGCUGCUGCAGCGUUCAAGAUGCCAAAACUUGAGACAAUGGAGUUGUGGAACGGCAGACGGGGUGUUGCAAUGCUUUUCCGAUACCAGAGGGCUCAAAAUUGGCAGCCAGCCAUCAUCACCCUACAAGGGACGUUGGUGCUCGGGACGUCGUUGCUCGCCCUAGACGACCCUACUAUUGUGCAAGCUUGGGAUAAUGUCGCUUACCAGCACUCACAUAGCAAGGUCGAGGUCGUCGUACAAGCCUUGAUCGAUUCAGACAAGAUUCGAUCUCAUGCUGAUGCGAUUUGUCACCUCGGACUUUCGACUGUCCUUAGACCUGUUUCGCUGCAGCAAAUACUCAGAGAACACCGGUUACGACGAACAGGCCAUCGCGAUUGGUAUUGA